GUGGGAUAUAAUUCGCCUCACUUAAUUUACAUUAAUCCUAAGGAAUGAUUUAAUUAGAGGCGACUUAAAUCCAUUGGUUGAGAAUCAAAAAGGAAAAAUCGUCAUUUUUCCUUAUCGGCAUAAGGAUCUGGUUCGAAAACCCGGAUUUAAUUCCCGUUCAGGGGGGUCGAAGCGUUACUAAGGAGUGACGAAAGGUGUGUAUUGUGAUAAAAGGAUGCAGAGCGAAGCAGUAAAUCCGGAUUAAUCAAGGUGUACAGUUCAUAAUGUACGAGACUCGUUUACAGUAAAGAAUGUAUUUUUACUGGAUUUUUAUCGUUUUCCUGUGUUUCCAUCUACUUAAUGCAUACUCGAAAAGCAAGGCAGAAUAUCCCGAGGGAUAUUACGCAUUCGAGGAAUCCACUUCCAUCUACAAAAAACCACCCAAAGUCAGAAAACCACCCUACUUUAAGGCUGAUGUACCAUGCCCCGGGGAGGAUCCCAUUGGACGAUUUUCGCCACGUGAUACGCUUUGCGGUGACCUGAACAAAGGUUUCAUACCACGCAAUCCUAUGGGACAGACGCCAUUUAAAGAACCCUAUCCAUUCGACGUAAUCAAGAACAAGACGUUAAAGUUCCUAGCCAGGUUACUUCCCUAUCUCAAACAAGACAUUAACAUACCAAAGGUUGCUAGAUUCGUAGGUGCUCCUAUAUCCUAUAGAGAACCAGGAGGAUACGACUAUCAUCAAAUACCUCUACAGUAUCACAGAAAUCGACGCUCUGUUACGGAUAAAACAGUAACAGAAGAGACAGCGACGACAGAAACAUCUAACGUAACGUCACGAGGUUUAUGUGACGAUGGAUCCGGAAUGUAAAUCAAUUUUUAUCUUUUUGAUCCGUUUACUAAGGCUACUGAGGCCUCUCUUGUAUAAUAUAAUAAUUAAAGGACUAAGAGCAGUUGAAUACCCAUGACGCGUAGAGGCCCAGAGUUUCGAGGGCCUCAAAAUUGUAUACCGCAAUUUAUUGUUUUAUAGCCACAAUUACAUGCUAUUAGUUUAUGAUAUAAAAUUAUAGACUAUAGAGGGGCCCCAAUCUUGUGCUUAGAGGUCACGGAAGGUUUUAAUCCACCACUA